GACUUUGGCGAUGGAUCGUCGAUGAACGCCAUCUUAUUUCCAAUCGUUUCGUAUAAAAGCCAAGAAAAGGGAAAACCUGGAAAUAGCAGACUUCAAAACCCCUAAAUUUUGUAACCCGAAAAUCCAUUACAUCCUCUCUUUCUAUUUCGAUGAAUUGAAAAGCAUAGCCUUUUGCUUCCAUAAUAACCCCAAAUUAAACACAGACAGUCUAGGUUUUCAAUUCGGUUUCUUCUCCAUUCAUGUCUCUUCCGGCGUUGGAGUGUAAAUACGUCACGGAAGAUUGUGUUCGUGAAUGGAAGAAUGGAAACACUAGCUUUAGGCCUUCUGGUCCGGCAGCGGUUCUUCGAUAUCUUUAUGAACUUUGUUGGAAUAUAGUUAGAGGGGAGCUACCAAUUCAGAAGUGUAAAUCAGCACUGGAGUUGGUUGAGUUUUCUGAUAGAGUUUCUGAUGAAGAACUGUCUUCGAAUUUAGCCGAUAUUGUUUCCCAAAUGGCUCAAGACUUUACAAUGCCCGGAGAAUCUCGUGCCCGUCUGAUUAAACUGGCAAAGUGGAUGGUGGAACAUUCUGUGGUCCCUUUGAGACUGUUCCACGAACGAUGUGAGGAAGAGUUUCUAUGGGAUUCAGAGAUGAUUAAGAUAAAGGCUGCUGAUUUGAAGUCAAAAGAGGUCAGGGUUAACACUCGUCUUCUUUAUCAACAAACCAAAUUCAAUCUUCUUCGAGAAGAAAGUGAAGGCUAUGCUAAGCUGGUUACCCUUCUUUGUCAAGGUUCAGAAGUUUGUUCUCAAAAUACAUCAGCAGCAACAGUUGGCAUAAUUAAGUCAUUAAUUGGACACUUCAAUUUGGAUCCAAACCGAGUGUUUGACAUUGUAUUGGAGUGUUUCGAACUUCAGCCAGAUAACAAUGCCUUCUUGAACCUGAUUCCCAUUUUCCCCAAGUCUAAUGCUUCACAAAUACUUGGAUUCAAGUUUCAAUAUUAUCAGCGUUUGGAAGUAAAUAGUACUGUACCUUUUGGGCUCUAUCAGCUUACAGCAAUACUGGUUAAAAAAGAAUUUAUCGAUCUUGACAGCAUAUAUACACAUCUUCUUCCCAAUGACGAUGAAGCAUUUGAGCAUUAUAAUGUUUUUUCAGCAAAGCGACUUGAUGAGGCUAACAAAAUUGGCAAAAUCAACCUUGCUGCUACGGGAAAAGAUCUUAUGGAUGACGAGAAACAAGGAGAUGUGACAGUAGAUUUGUUUGCCGCUCUAGAGAUGGAAUGUGAAGCAGUUACAGAACGCUCUUCAGAGCUUGAAAAUAGUCAAACUCUGGGCUUGCUUAUUGGUUUCCUUUUUGUGGACGACUGGUUUCAUGCCAAUAUCCUGUUCCGUCGUCUCUUGCCUCUCAAUCCGGUUGAACAUAUUCGAAUUUGUGAUGGACUAUUUAGGCUCAUUGAGAAAACAAUUUCUCCUGCUUAUGAACUUGUCCAUCAACCACAGCUUCAAGUUCCAGAAGGAGGUUCUGAUUUUAUGGAGACAGAAAGUAACUCCAUUAAAAGAUCAUUCAUUGAUCUUCCUAAAGAGCUAUUUGAGAUGCUUACUUCUGUUGGUCCGUAUCUUCAUCGUAAUACAUUGCUGCUGCAGAAGGUAUGCAGAGUGUUGAGAGGUUAUUACCUUUCUGCACUUAAGAGUGUCAAUUCUGGUGAUGGCUCCUCUAACUUGGAAGCUGGUUUUGGUGGAAAUCGAACUCCUCGUCUCCACCUAAAGGAAGCUAGAUUAAACAUUGAGGAAGCCCUUGGCGCUUGUCUACUUCCUUCACUACAGUUGAUACCAGCAAACCCGGCUGUUGGACAGGAGAUCUGGGCUGUACUGAGUCUCCUGCCAUAUGAGGCAAGGUAUCGUUUAUACGGUGAAUGGGAAAAGGAUGAUGAGUGCAGCCCCAUGGUUCUAUCUGCAAAGCAGACCGCAAAGUUGGAUACCAGAAGGAUCUUGAAACGGCUUGCGAAGGAAAAUCUAAAGCAGCUUGGAAGAAUGGUUGCAAAAUUAGCACAUGCAAAUCCUAUGACUGUCCUUCGAACAAUUGUCCACCAGAUAGAAGCAUACAGGGAUAUGAUUGCUCCAGUUGUAGAUGCAUUUAAAUAUCUAACACAGCUCGAGUAUGAUAUUUUGGAAUAUGUUGUGAUUGAACGGCUGGUACAAGGUGGUCGUGAAAAGCUAAAAGAUGAUGGCCUUAACUUAUCUGACUGGCUUCAAUCUUUGGCAUCAUUUUGGGGUCAUCUGUGUAAAAAGUACCCAUCAAUGGAACUCAGGGGUCUAUUCCAGUAUCUGGUAAAUCAAUUGAAGAAAGGGAGUGGAAUCGAGCUUGUUCUUCUGCAGGAACUUAUCCAGCAAAUGGCUAAUGUUCAGUACACAGAGAACAUGACCGAAGAACAGUUGGAUGCUAUGGCUGGAAGUGAGACUCUACGUUAUCAGGCUACUUCUUUUGGGGCGACCCGAAAUAAUAAGGCUUUAAUCAAAUCCACCAACAGGCUACGGGAUUCAUUGCUUCCAAAGGAUGAUCCGAAGUUGGCAAUUCCACUUUUGCUACUUAUUGCUCAGCAUCGUUCUGUGGUUGUCAUCGAAGCUGACUCUCCUCACAUUAAGAUGGUUUGUGAACAGCUGGAUAGAUGCCAUGGAUCACUUCUGCAAUAUGUCGAAUUCUUAUGUGGUGCAAUGACACCAAUAACGUCUUAUGCUCAGCUAGUUCCGGAUCUUCAUGAUCUGAUACACUUGUACCACCUUGAACCUGAGGUUGCAUUCUUAAUUUAUCGGCCUGUGAUGAGGCUCUUCAGAUGUCAGAGUACAUCUGAUGUUGUUUGGCCUUUAGAUUGUGAUGAGAUAAUUAACUCAGCUGCAGGAAAGGAGAGUGAACUCACAGAUGCCUCUGGAAAACUUAUACUUGAUCUUGGUCCCUCCCGGAAACCGAUAAUGUGGUCAGAUCUUCUGGAUACGGUUAGAACAGUGUUGCCUUCAAAAGCUUGGAACAGCCUCUCUCCUGAUCUAUAUGCUACCUUUUGGGGUUUAACACUCUAUGAUCUAUAUGUUCCUAGAAAUCGUUACGAGUCUGAGAUAACCAAACUGCAUGCUGCUCUUAAAGCUUUGGAAGAGCUUUCUGACAAUUCUAAUUCAGCAAUCACUAAACGGAAGAAAGACAAGGAAAGAAUACAAGAAUCUUUAGAUAGGCUAAGUGGUGAACUCCAGAAGCAUGAAGAAAAUGUUGCCUCUGUUCGUAGACGUUUGGCUCGUGAAAAAGAUAAAUGGUUGAGUUCCUGUCCUGAUACAUUAAAGAUCAACAUGGAGUUCCUUCAGCGUUGUAUAUUUCCACGAUGUACGUUCAGCAUGCCAGAUGCAGUAUAUUGUGCAAUGUUUGUGCAUACCCUUCAUUCCCUGGGCACACCCUUUUUCAACACAGUCAACCAUAUUGACGUUCUAAUAUGUAAAACAUUACAACCAAUGAUAUGCUGUUGCACUGAGUAUGAGGUUGGUCGGCUUGGUAGAUUUCUGUUUGAGACACUCAAGACGGCCUAUUAUUGGAAGAGUGAUGAAUCCAUAUAUGAACGUGAGUGCGGAAACAUGCCUGGAUUUGCUGUAUAUUAUAGAUACCCAAACAGCCAGCGUGUCACAUAUAGCCAAUUCAUUAAGGUACACUGGAAAUGGAGUCAAAGGAUCACAAGAUUACUGAUCCAGUGCCUGGAAUCUACGGAGUACAUGGAAAUUCGGAAUGCUCUUAUUUUGCUUACAAAAGUUUCAAAUGUUUUUCCUGUUACUAGAAAAAGUGGGAUCAACCUUGAGAAAAGGGUAGCUAAACUUAAGAGUGAUGAAAGAGAAGAUUUAAAGGUGUUGGCUACUGGUGUUGCUGCAGCCUUGGCUGCUCGAAAGCCUUCAUGGGUUACGGAAGAAGAAUUUGGAAUGGGGUAUCUUGAUUUGAAGCCUGCACCAUCAAUAGCUUCAAAAUCAGUAUAUGUUGCUCCAGUGACAAGUACUGGGCUUAAUAUGCCUCCUAGUGAAGUUGCAAGUGGUAGAACUGCUUCUUCAGGCCAGCAUCAUGAUUCUGGGACUUCUAUCAGAGAGCCUAUAUCGAGAUCAAAACCUUCUGAAAGUAAACAUGAAAGAACAGAGAGUGUCACACAGAAGUAUGACACAGGGCAUGCAAAAGUAAAAGGUGGUUCAUUGAGUAAUGGUUCAGAUGCUUCCAUGCCGUCUGCUAUACAAUCUGGAGCAUCCAGUAGUCAAAAGCAGAUUGAUGAUUCUGGGAACAGAAUUUUAGAGGAGAAUGCUGCAAAAGGUGGUACCAAGACAUCUGUAGACUCUGAGGGGAGAGCUGUAGUGAAAAGGUCGGUGCCUGCUGCAUCUGUAUCGAAGCAACCAAAGCAGGAUCUUGUGAAGGGUGAAAUUAAACCUAAAUCUGCUGGGAGAACGUCAGCGUCUGCUGCUAGUGAUAGAGAUCUUCAUACUGACAGUAAACAGGCUGGGGACUCUUCUGCACUUGUUGGCCAUGGUGUCUCAGCAAAAGGAUCCACACCAUCUACAAGAUCAUCGGACAUCCAUGGCAAUGAGUUGAAGGCUGAGACUGGAGUUUCGAAGCUUGUUGAAUCAAGAAACACUUCUGUGAAAGAUGAUUCCACAGAAGCUACGGAUGUGCAACGUCGGUCCUCAUCUCGACCAUCUCAUUCUCCAAGGCCUGAUAAUGCUUUUGUCUCAAAAUCUAGCGAUAAACCAACAAAGAGAAUGAGUCCAGCUGAAGAACAGGACAGGUUUAUUAAGCGGCGGAAAGGAGAACAUGAUUCAAGAGACUCGGAGCCUGAGGUUCGAUUUUCGGAUAGAGAGCGACUUGAUCCCCGAGCAGUUGAGAAACAUCACCCUGUUGAUUUUGACAAAGUAAAUUCUGAUGAGCCAAUCCGGGGUACUGAUAAGCCAUUGGAUAAAGCAAAAGACAAGUUCAAUGAAAGAUACGAUAGGGAGCACCGAGAAAGAUUUGAACGUGCUGACAAGUCCCAUGGAGAUGAUAUCAUGGACAAAUCAAGAGAUAGGUCAAUAGAAAGAUACAGCAGAGAGCGCUCAGUUGAUAGAGUGCAAGAGAGAGGUGUUGAUAGGGGUUCUGAUAGGCUUCUUGAUAAAGGUAAGGAUGAAAGAAGUAAAGAUGACAGAAAUAAAGUGCGGCACAACGAGAUUCCAGCAGAAAAGUCCCAUGUUGAUGAUCGAUUUCGUGGGCAAAGUUUACCACCCCCUCCACCUCUACCUCCGCACGUGGUUCCCCAAUCUUUAAAUGCCAAUAGAAGAGACGAAGAUGCUGAUAGAAGGUUUGGAACAGCUAGACAUUCACAACGAUUGUCUCCAAAACAUGAUGACAGGGAACGUAGACGGUCUGAGGAGAAUAUGUUAGUUUCUCAAGAAGAUGCAAAGCGAAGAAGAGAAGAAGAAUUUCGAGAGAGAAAGCGAGAAGAGCGAGAAGGAUUUUCGACAAAGUUGGAUGAUAGAGAACGAGAAGGAGAGAGGGAAAAGGUUAAUCUUUUGAAGGAGGAGCUGGAUGUUAAUGCUUCCAAAAGGCGAAAACUGAAAAGAGAGCAUCUGCCCUCAGAGCCUGGUGAGUACUCACCAGCCGCUCCGGCACCUCCCCUUAAUAUAAACAUGACACCAUCAUAUGAUGUCAGAGAUAGGGCAGACCGAAAAGCAGCUGUUCUUCCACGAACCGUUUACUUGGAAGAACCUACUCGUAUGCAUGGAAAAGACGUAGCUACCAAGAUGACCCGUCGUGAUUCAGACCCAAUGUACGACAGAGAAUGGGAAGACGAAAAACGGCAAAGGGUCGAACCAAAGAGGAGGCACCGGAAAUAGAGUUUUUGUAUCACAUAGAAGUUCUAUUGCAAACCAUGAAGCAAGCUCCGAGCUACCCUUUACCCGAAUGAACGUGUAAUCGUGCUUUUUUCCCUUCCGGUGACGGGUUUUGCAUUUUGGUGAUUCUGCCAUCAUGUAACAACUGUAUGUUUAUCCUCGUUUUUAGAGGUUGAUUGUUUGUUUAUGGUAAUGGAUUGGAUUCUAAAGCAGGUUGCAUAUUUCGACUCGGACUGUAGAAAGUCUGAAAUAAGAGGUGGGCUUUCUCUGCAAACUAGAGCUUUUUUUUGGUUCGGUUGUACAUUUGUAUCAAGAAAUCUAUCUCCGUAUUUGUGGUACGUAAUUUAUAGGUUGGAAUCGCAAUUUCCGAGUGGUAGUUGUAAACUCUAUGAUUGUGAUCACUUUGUGUAACAGCUUGUUUUUGGGUGUAGUUGAUGUUAAAGUGCAUUAGUAAACACGAUGCUUAAUGAAUUAA